UUCUGCUUUUCCUAGCAGAGCACCUGGUUGGCCCAGAAGCCUCCGGCCACCCGCCUGCCUGCUAGGACCUCUCUGGAGCAGCCAUGAAGUUCCUAGUCCUGCUCUUGUGCCUUGUGCAGCUCUGGACCUGCCAGGCUGUCCCUCUUGCCACAGAUCUGGGAUAUAGGCAACCCAACUGUGACGACCCUGAAACAGAGCAAGUAGCCCAGGUGGCCAUUGACUACCUCAAUAGCAAUGUUCUUUGGGGCUACAAACACACCUUGAACCAGAUCGACAAAGUGAAAGUGUGGCCUCGGAGACCCAUGGGAGAGGUGUAUGAGCUUGAAAUAGAUACGCUGGAAACCACCUGCUAUGCACUAGACCCCACCCCCUUGGCAAACUGCAGCGUGAGGCAGCUAGCAGAGCAUGCUGUGGAAGGUGACUGUGAUUUUCAUGUGCUGAAAAUGAAUGGCCAGCUUACGGUGUUAUUUGCAAAAUGUCAUUCCAGUCCAGAUUCUGCAGAGGACGUUCUCAAGGUGUGUCCAAACUGCCCCCUGCUGGCUCUGCUGAAUGACACCCAUGUGGUGCACGCAGUAGACGUGGCACUGAAAACCUUCAAUGCUCAGAGCAACGGCUCCUACUAUAAGCUUGUGGAAACUUCCCGGGGUCAACGGGUGCUCCUGCCACCUUCUACUUAUGUGGAAUUUGCAGUUGCUGCCACUGAUUGUGCUGCGAAAGAUGUCACAGACCCAGCCAAUUGCAACUUGUUGUCUGAAAAGCAAUAUGGCUUCUGUAAGGCAACCGUCUUUGAGAAGGUCGGUGGGGAAGAUGUUGAGGUGGCCUGCACCCUGUUCCAGGCACAGCCCCAACCAGGUGCUAUGAAAGAGGCAGGCCCCACCACUGCAGUGGAUUUGGCUGAAACCCCACGUCCUCCAGUCCUGGGUGCCCAGAUGGUAGGUGCCUGGCUGGUAGGUGCCAAGAUGGCAGGACCUCCCCAGGGAGUCCAGGUGCACCGGGCACAUUACGACCUGCGUGAUACCUUUGCCGGGGUGCCGUCUCACGGGUCAGGUUCAUUUGAAACACUGGACUUGAAGAAAAAACAUGAAGUAAGAGUCACUGUUGGUGGUAGUGCAGGGUUCUCUCCAUGCCCAGGAAGAAUCAGACACUUUAAGGUCUAGAUGAAGUUGAAUGAUGAAGGUUUGGCAAGGAGGACAUAGAUACCAUUGUAUCCAAGUCUAUGUAUGGGUAGAGACUUUGCCUACUAUCCAAGCAAGUACUACAUGUGGCCUAGACUUUACAAGUUUUUUGAAUCCCAGAUUCUCUUUAUGCCUGGGAGGACAGAAUCAGAGGAGAUGAUAGUUAUGUUUGAUGGGAGUGUUAAGGCUGGCAAUGUGGCUGUCAUUGUUUAGAUGCUAAACCAUAAGCAGUAUAUUCUCUUACUUCUGGUUGACCUAAAAACACCAUUGGAACUGAGACUUUGAAAGGUGCUGUUGUCAUGUUAAUGUCUGCUUCUUAAUAAAAGGUUCUGAAGGACUUAAUAACAAUUCAAAAAAGGUUCUAAGCUGA